AGGCAAUGGGGAAAGCAAAGGAGAAAGCGGCUGAUCUAAAUGAGCUCAAACAGGAAGUCAAGAUGGAUGAGCAUAUCAUCCCGCUCGAAGAGCUUGCGGCGAGAUAUAACUCAAACAUUGAGACGGGUCUUACAAAGGCGAGAGCUGCCGAAGUCCUUGCCAGAGAUGGACCAAACGCACUUUCACCUCCAAAAACAACUCCGGAAUGGAUAAAAUUCUGUAAAAAUCUUUUCGGUGGCUUCGCUCUUCUGCUUUGGGUUGGUGCGUUCCUAUGUUAUGUGGCCUAUUCGGUGGAUUAUUUCACCAUGGAAUAUCCUUCCAAAGAUAAUCUGUAUCUCGGUAUCGUACUGAUGACCGUCGUCGUAAUCACCGGUUGCUUCCAAUACUAUCAGGAAAGCAAAUCAAGCAAAAUUAUGGAAUCGUUCAAAAGCAUGGUCCCGACUUUCGCUCUCGUACACCGCGAUGGACAGAAACAGCAAAUCCGAACUGAAGAUCUGGUUGUAGGAGACAUUAUCGAAGUCAAGGGUGGAGAUCGUGUACCAGCUGAUAUCCGAAUCAUCUCGGCUUUUGGUUUCAAGGUGGACAACUCAUCCUUGACCGGAGAAUCCGAACCGCAGUCACGAUCACCAGAAUGCACUAAUGAGAAUCCUCUAGAAACUCGUAACAUCGCGUUCUUCUCUACUAAUGCCGUCGAAGGAACUGCAAAGGGAAUCGUCAUUUGUACUGGAGAUAGAACUGUCAUGGGUCGAAUUGCUCAUUUGGCUUCUGGGCUUGACACCGGCAUGACACCUAUUGCACGAGAAAUUGAGCAUUUUAUCCAUUUGAUCACCGGAGUGGCAGUGUUUCUUGGAGUGUCGUUCUUCAUAAUUGCGUUUAUUCUGGGAUAUCACUGGCUGACGGCUGUUGUGUUCCUUAUUGGUAUCAUUGUCGCAAACGUGCCUGAGGGUCUUAUCGCUACCGUAACCGUAUGUCUGACCUUGACUGCGAAACGAAUGGCUAGCAAGAACUGCUUGGUCAAGAACUUGGAGGCUGUAGAGACUUUAGGAUCGACUUCGACGAUUUGCUCCGAUAAGACUGGAACGCUAACGCAGAAUAGGAUGACUGUAGCACAUAUGUGGUACGACAAGACUAUCGAAGAAUGUGAUACGUCCGAAAAUCAGACCAGCGGUGGAGCUAGGAGGAAGGAGGGACCAACGUUUGAUGCUCUCGUUCGCAUUGCUGCACUCUGCAACAGAGCCGAAUUCAAGCCAGGGCAACAAGACAUUCCCAUUCUCCGUCGAGACUGCACCGGCGACGCUUCUGAGAUUGCUCUACUAAAAUUCACUGAGCUGACAAUCGGAAACAUUCAUGGUUUUCGUGAGAAAUCACCCAAAGUCGCCGAGAUUCCAUUCAACUCAACAAAUAAGUAUCAGGUCUCCAUACAUGAUGUUCCCGAAAGCGACAGCUAUCUUCUUGUAAUGAAAGGAGCUCCAGAACGUAUUCUUGAUGUGUGCAGCACAAUAUUCCUAAAUGGUAAAGAGGAGGCCUUGGACGAAAAGCUUCGCUCCGAUUUUAACAGCGCUUAUUUGGAACUCGGAGGAAUGGGGGAGCGUGUGCUAGGAUUUUGCGACUUUGUCCUUCCAGCCGACAAGUAUCCAAAAGGCUACGAAUUCGACACUGAAAAGGUCAACUUCCCACUGAAGGGACUGCGUUUCGUUGGACUGAUGUCCAUGAUUGACCCGCCACGUGCGGCUGUGCCCGAUGCCGUCGGGAAGUGUAGAUCCGCUGGUAUCAAAGUCGUCAUGGUCACUGGUGAUCACCCUAUCACCGCUAAGGCUAUUGCUAAGUCAGUGGGGAUCAUUAGUGAAGGAGCCGAGACCGUGGAGGACAUUGCCAUUCGUCGUGGAAUUCCAGUGGAGGAUGUUGAUCCUUGCGAAGCAAAAGCGGCUGUAGUGCACGGGUCAGAUCUGAGAGAGAUGAGCGAGGAUCAGCUGGCUGAGGUCAUCCGCAACCACUCCGAGAUUGUGUUUGCCCGAACAUCACCACAACAAAAGCUGAUGAUUGUGGAAGGUUUCCAAAGACAGGGACAAAUUGUUGCUGUGACUGGGGACGGUGUCAACGACUCACCUGCUCUGAAAAAAGCUGACAUUGGUGUAGCUAUGGGUAUUGCCGGCUCAGACGUCUCCAAACAAGCAGCCGACAUGAUCCUUCUCGAUGACAACUUCGCUUCCAUCGUCAUCGGCGUUGAAGAAGGACGUCUCAUUUUCGACAAUCUCAAAAAGUCCAUCGCUUACACGCUGACCUCAAACAUUCCCGAGAUCUCACCUUUCCUCACCUACAUCCUGUUUGGUAUCCCACUUCCACUAGGAACCGUCACUAUCCUUUGCAUUGAUCUGGGAACGGAUAUGGUUCCCGCUAUCUCUCUUGCCUACGAGGAAGCUGAAUCGGAUAUUAUGAAAAGGCAACCUCGCGACCCCAUUCGUGACAAACUCGUGAACGAACGUCUAAUUUCGCUGGCUUACGGACAAAUUGGUAUUAUCCAGGCAUCUGCUGGAUUCUUCACAUACUUCUGGAUCAUGGCCGAUAACGGCUUCUGGCCAAAAGAUCUCUAUCAACUUCGUGCCCAAUGGGAUUCUCGUGCAUACAACAAUGUUAGGGAUUCAUAUGGACAAGAAUGGACCUAUGCAAAUCGCAAAAUUCUGGAAUACACCUGCCAGACUGCUUAUUUCGUUUCCAUCGUCAUUGUACAGUGGGCUGACUUGAUCAUCUCGAAAACCCGUCGUAACUCCAUUGUCCAGCAGGGUAUGACAAACUGGACCCUAAACUUCGGUCUAGUGUUUGAAACAGCACUUGCAUGGUUCAUGUGCUAUUGUCCAGGGCUUGACAACGGUCUACGUAUGUAUGGAUUGAGAUUCUCAUGGUGGUUCUGUGCCCUGCCAUUCUCAGUACUGAUCUUUGUUUAUGAUGAAGCACGUCGUUUUGCAAUCAGACGUUGGCCAGGAGGAUGGGCCGAAAGAGAAACUUAUUAUUAGAUUGUUUUUUUUUGUAUUUUUGUUUAUCUAGUCAUUUUUGUGUCAUAUAGAAUGUAGGAUCUGAGAUUACGUGCUUGUGUAACUGCCUUAGUAUAGUUUUAUUUAUUUUCGUUUUUUUGGCUUUGUCGCUUUAGACUCCUAGAUUGAUGGAGCAUUCCCCUAGCCUCAAACUUGUGAGAUUGUAAUCAAAAUGUUUGUCAUUAUUUUGUUAAGUUAGUGCAGUCAUUAUUUAAUUUAAAAUGGUUUCUAGUGACUUGUGUGAAUAAAAAAAA